UCAUGAGCGGUGUGCAGCAUAUGAAUAGUUGAAUGAUCAAUUGAUCAUCAGAUUCAUCACUUCUAUCUUCUCAGUGGUCGGAUUUCCACAUUCACAAGGAAACAAUUUUGUAGACGACAAUAUCACAAGACAAGCCAGUAACUAGUGGAGCCUAGAGCAGGCUCGCAUUUUCGUCCCACUUCAACAGAAACCCAGAAAUACCUUCAGAUUGAAGAUGUCCCUGCCCGCACAAAACCCAUCUGUUCACCAGCAGAAGGUCGUUAUACCAAACAAGCAUGGUGAAAAGCUAGUUGGAACAUUACACGAAUCUGGAACUACGGACAUCGUAAUCUUGUGCCAUGGAUUUCGAUCCACAAAAGAAACUGAUGUCAUACAAAACCUUGCUGCUGCAUUGGAAAACGCACGAAUAAGUUCUUUCCGCUUUGACUUCUCUGGAAAUGGGGAAAGUGAAGGUUCGUUUCAGUAUGGAAACUAUUUGAGGGAAGUUGAAGAUUUACAUGCUGUAGCUCAACACUUCUGUGGACAAAAGCGAGUUGUCAGAGCAAUUGUUGGGCAUAGUAAAGGAGGUGGUGUGGUGCUUCUGUAUGCUUCAAAAUAUCACGACGUCAAAACAGUUGUCAACUGCUCUGGUCGCUAUGAUCUGAAGUCAGGCAUUGAAGAACGCCUAGGAAAAGAUUUUAUGGAAAGAAUCAAGAAGGACGGAUUCAUUGAUGUGUACAAGUCAGGAAAAUUUCUUUACCGGGUGACUGAGGAAAGUUUGAUGGAUCGGCUAAAUACAAAUAUGCAUGAAGCAUGUCUCCAGAUUGACAGUGGAUGCAGGGUGUUUACAGUUCAUGGUUCUGCUGAUGAAAUUGUGGGUGUUGAAAGUGCACACGAGUUUGCUCAGAUAAUACCCAACCACAAGUUACAUAUCAUAGAAGGGGCUAAUCAUUCAUUCACACAGCAUCAAAAUGAGCUUGCCUCUGUUGUGGAUUUCAUCAAGGAAGCCUUUCACCAAGACAAUGUUCCUACCACCACUGGCACAUGAACCACUUCAUUUGUUUUAACCAUUCUCUCUCUCUUUCUUAAAUAAAAUCAAACCAAAGACAUGUCAAGAGCAUAUUGCUCAGCAUAGAUAUCUGGGAUAGAUCCAUGAAGAACAAAGUCACUGUUUCUGCAGUGAGCGUCCUUCGCUAGUCUAUCAGCUCAAGUGAGCAUAUCUUUGGGUGAAAAUUUGAGUUCAUAGCCUUCAACAGUAGCUAGACGUAAAUGGAUUUCAUUGAUUAUAGACUACGGUGGAUGUUCAAGAUUUCCAUUUCUAAAGAUCAUAUUAAUCCGAAUAGAUGCUUACAUGCGUGUGGUCA